GGCGGCCGCGCAUUCCCGGGCGCUGACAGCCGUUGGCGCCGUUAGGGAGCGGCCGUUGGCCGUUAACACCCCCCUCUACCUUCUCCCCUCCUCACCCCCACCGCUGCCCCACUUCGCCACCCGCUCCGGGAUUAGGGGCUGCCGCCUGGAAAUCCGCCGGCUGGAGGCGGCGGCUUUACCCCCAGCCCCCUCCCUGCCGCCCUGCCCGGCUUAAGCCGCUCUAAUCCUCCUCUUCCUCCUCCCCCGGGCACGGCCAUGGAGUCGCAGCGGCCCCGUUACCGCGCCCCUUCCUCGCCGCCAUCCCGCGGCGGGAGGGAGCCCGGGGGGCUCCGUCGGAAGGGCCCGCCCGGGGCCGGCAGCGCCCCGGAGGCCGCGGAGGGCAGGAAGCCCAAAUUCCAUUUAAAUAUCAAGACACUGACUGAUGAUGUGUUGGAUAGGUUUGCCAGUAUAAGAAUUCCAGGAAGCAAAAAGGAAAGACCUCCUCUGCCACAUAUGAAGCAGUCCCACUCUACAGAUUGGUCAUCCACAACUACUGAUGUGGAGGAUUUUGUUCCAAAACCCCUGUCAGAAAGAGAAAUCAUAGCACUGUUUGAGAAAAUGAUGGAAGAUAUGAAUUUAAAUGAAGACAAGAAAGUGCCAUUGAGGGAGAAGGAUUUUAAUACCAAAAAAGAAAUGGUGAUGCAAUAUCUUAGCACUGCUUCAAAGUCUGGAAGUCUCAAGAACCGUCGGAAGAUUUCACCCCAAGAGUUUAUGCAGGAAUUAAAAUCUGGGUCAACAGAUGAAAGACUAGUCACUUGCUUAGAAUCACUUCGUGUGUCCUUGACUAGUAAUCCUGUCAGCUGGGUUGAAAACUUUGGCCGAGAAGGUCUGGGGCUGCUCUUGGACGUUUUGGAAAGACUGGUUGAGACAAAACACCAAGACAAAAUUGUGAAGAGAAGUCAGCAUAAGGUUAUACAAUGUUUGAGAGCCUUCAUGAACAAUAAGUAUGGAUUGGAAAGAAUUCUGGGAGAAGAGAGGAGCCUUUUGUUGCUGAUCAAAGCAAUUGAUCCCAAGCAAACUAGUAUGAUGACUGAUAUAGUUAAACUCCUUUCUGCAAUGUGCAUUGUUGGAGAAGAAAGCAUCCUUGAAAAAAUUUUGGAAGCUAUAACAGCAGCAGCAGAGGAAAAGAAUGUUGAUAGAUUCUCUCCUAUUGUGGAAGGACUUCAGGAUAACUCAGUUCAGCUGCAAGUAGCUUGCAUGCAGCUCAUCAAUGCUCUUGUUACAUCUCCUGAUGAUUUGGAUUUUAGGCUUCACAUCAGAAAUGAAUUUAUGCGCAGUGGAUUAAAAGAGAUAUUGCCACAAUUGAAAUGUAUAAAAAAUGAAGCACUAGAUAUUCAGCUGAAGGUGUUCAAUGAGCAUAAGGAAGAAGACAUGAUCGAGUUCUCUCAUCGUUUAGAAGAUAUUAGAUCUGAACUAGAUGAAGUAAAUGAUGUUUACAACAUGGUGUGGAAUACAGUUAAGGAUACCAGUGCUGAAGGAUAUUUUCUUUCUAUUCUCCAACAUCUUUUGCUGAUAAGAAAUGACUAUUUUAUACGUCCACAGUAUUUCAAAAUAAUUGAAGAGUGCGUUUCCCAGAUAGUGUUGCAUCGAAGUGGAACAGACCCAGAUUUCACAUAUCGUAAAAGAUUAGAUAUAAAUUUCAGCCACUUAGUAGAUAUUUGUGUAGAUAAAGCAAGAUUAGAAGAAUGUGAAGAGAGAGCUUCUGAACUUUCCAGAAAAUUUGAAAAAGAUUUUGUAGUUCAUCAGGAGACCCAGGCCCUACUGCAAAAAAAAGAAGAAAGAAUCAAUGAACUUGAAGCAGAACUACAAGCUUUUAAAUUGCAGUAUGGCUCCUUGCCACCUGGCUGUCUACCAUCAACACGUGGAGAUGCAUCUGUCGUUCCAGCGGAUGCUACAGGACCACAUCAGUUACCGCCGCCUCCUCCACCACUGCCUUCUAAUGGGGCAAUCCCACCACCGCCACCUCCCCCACCUCCUCCACCAUUUUUGAAUGCCUUGGGAAUUCCUCCAGCAUUGGGUGCCCCACCACCACCACCUCUACCAGGCCUGCUUGGGGCACAGCGGUCUCCACCUUCAUGUACUUUGCCAUUUGGACUGAAGCCUAAAAAAGAGUUCAGACCUGAGGUCACCAUGAAAAGACUCAACUGGUCCAAGAUCAGGCCACAGGAAAUGACAGAAUCCUGUUUCUGGGUUAAGGUAGAAGAGGACAAGUACGAGAAUGCUGACAUGCUUUGCAAAUUGGAACUUACAUUUUGUUGUCAACAGAGGGUAAAAAAAGAGGAGGAAGAUUUUGAAGAAAAGAAAUCCAUUAAGAAACGAAUCAAGGAAUUAAAAGUGCUGGACCCAAAGAUUGCACAGAAUCUGUCAAUUUUCCUUGGAUCUUUCCGAGUGCCUUAUGAGGAAAUCAAAAUGAUGAUAUUGGAAGUAGAUGAAACACAGCUGUCAGAGUCCAUGAUUCAGAAUUUAAUAAAACAUCUUCCGGAACAAGAACAAUUGAAUGCAUUGUCCAAGUUCAAGAGCGAGUACAAUAAUUUGUCUGAACCAGAGCAGUUUGGAAUUGUGAUGAGCAACGUGAAGAGACUACGGCCACGGCUCAGUGCUAUUCUUUUUAAGCUCCAGUUUGAAGAGCAGGUGAACAACAUCAAACCUGACAUCAUGGCUGUCAGUGCUGCCUGUGAAGAGAUAAAAAAGAGUAAAAGCUUUAGCAAGCUGCUGGAACUAGUAUUAUUAAUGGGAAACUACAUGAAUGCAGGUUCUCGGAAUGCACAGACCUUUGGAUAUAAUCUCAGCUCCCUAUGUAAACUGAAAGAUACGAAGUCAGCAGAUCAAAAAACAACAUUGCUCCAUUUUCUUGUAGAAGUGUGUGAAGAAAGCUAUCAGGAUGUUCUGAAUUUUACUGAGGAUUUUCAACAUUUAGAUAAAGCUAGUAAAGUCUCAGCAGAAAACCUGGAGAAGAGCCUGAAGCAUAUGGAGAGGCAACUCCAACAGCUUGAGAAGGAUUUGCAGACUUUUCCAGUUGCUGAAGAUAAGCACGAUAAGUUUGUAGCAAAAAUGUCUAGCUUUCUAGUUCAUGCCAAAGAAGAUUUUCAGAAACUCUCACGGAUGCAUGAGAACAUGGAAAAGUUGUAUCAGAACGUGAUGAGAUAUUAUGCCAUUGAUCUGAAGAAAGUUUCUGUGGAGGAGUUCUUAACUGACUUAAACAACUUCAGGACGAUGUUCAUGCAAGCAGUAAAGGAUAAUAUGAGAAGGAGAGAAGCAGAAGAAAAACAGAGGCGUGCUAAAAUAGCUAAGGAGAAAGCAGAAAAAGAAAAACAAGAGAGGCAACAAAAGAAAAAGCGUUUGUUAGAAAUGAAAACAGAAGGUGAGGAGACUGGAGUGAUGGAUAGCCUGCUGGAGGCCUUGCAAUCAGGUGCAGCUUUUCGAGACCGAAGGAAAAGGAUACCAAGGGCUAAAGACAUACCACAAAAUGUCAGUCCAACCACACAGAGGCCUGUGCUGAAAGCUUGUAACCAUGGUACACCUCGCUACAGUAGGUGGACAAGUAGUGCAUCUCCUGCAAUAGAACCAGAAAGUCACAGCCAGAGAAGUCAUGUUCACACCACAGUAUCAGUUUAAAAUCGACAAAAAGCCCAGUCAACAAAGAAGUUACUUAUGAUGUGGAAACAAGUUCUUCUAUGGCACUGGAGCAAGACUGUUGGGAGAAAGGAAGCCUGUAAUGGAGAAGAAAACAAAGAAAAGAAAACAGAGCGUAUUGGGUCUCCUUCUAAGGGAGAAGCCAUUCCAGAAGUAGAAGCUCUCCUGGCAAGACUGCGAGCACUAUAGAGUAAUAAUAUAAAGGAUUAAAUCAAAACUUAAAGACAAGCUAUAAAAGUGUAUCUCUUCAAGAUACACUAAUUUUCCACUACUGACAUCACAUACUUUUGAGUUCCAAACUUCCCUAGGUAUUAAUACUCUACUUCUAAACUUUUUGCAAGACUCCACAAAAUGAUACUGUAGUUUUGCUUAACUUCAAAAAGACUUUUGUUAUAUAUUUCACCUACUGAGACCACAAAAAAAUGUCAGCAGAAACAAAUAAUAAAUUAUUCCAAGACACAAUCCUUUUAGUCAACAGGCUGCUGACCACAUGUUUUGAGAGCUUCUCAAAAUAGAAGUAGAGUAUCUUUUAAAUAUUGUUAGAUCAUCAUGCCUGGGAAUAAGGGUCAGUAAAUACAGGAAAGUCAGUCUUAUAUUUUCCACUACAUUUUUUAUUCUGAAGAGAUUUUAUUAUCUAAAAAGUAUUAUUAUAGCAUCAUUUGCAAUUAUAGUAAUGGGAAAUGUAUAUCAUAUAAAUUUCUCAGCCAUGUUCUAGUUUGAGUUCAUUGAAGAGUACCAAAGCUUGCUUAAUUAUAUAUGCAUUUACAAAAGGGAAAUACAUGGACAGUAAACAAAGAAUCUAUGCAAAUAAUAUACUUUACGUGUGAAUAAUAUAUCACUUCUAUUAAGUUUAGUUAUAAUGAUUAUAUCAAGAUAAUAUAUAUGAUUUCUAUGAAUGCAAUGUUUUGCAGUUGUGUCCAUAGCGGGCAAAAGGUCUUUCUUCACAGUUAUUUACGAAUGUAAUUUUUUAUCUUUUCACAUGUGAGUGAGGUAAUAUGUUUCUAUAAAAAGAACAUAUAAUGGAAAAGGUUUUUACAAGUGUUUUUUCACAAACUCAUUUUCCAGUAGCCCAUAAAGUCUUAUUUGCUGGCACAAUAGGAAACUUGCACAUAAUUGCUUCUCUUUUAUCGCACUGUCAUUGUACAUUCUUACAUGUUCGCUAUCAUAUUUAUUAAUUGCACAUCAUAAAGAAUUGCUACCUAUGUUACCAAGUAGGAAGAUACUAUUAGUAUCUUUGCUCCAUUAUUUAAAGCUUCCUUAUUAUAAGAGUGUAUUAGGUAUCUAAUAUCUUUCUACUAAAUUACUCUAUUUUUCUUUACAAAAUGCUGAAAAAUAUGUCUUUCAAUAAGAGUCAGUUACAUGAAACCAGUGUUUCAAUGCUUCAGUGCUUUUUAUAUCCUUGUUUAAGUUGCCUUCUUACUUUCUGCACUAAACAUUAAUAAAGUUAAUUAGAACUCUGAAAUUGGGCCUGUUUAUACAUACUGCAUGGAGUGUUUUUCAUCCAUCAUGGGAAUCAAUCUCAUGUUUCUGGGGCUGUUGUAACUACCAUUACACACUCUAAUUACAUUUCCAGCAUUUGCUUAAAAAAAUAGGAAGUAUGAACAGAAGUCAGGGAAAGAUGCAGAGAAAUCCUACCAGACAGUAAUUUCUUCAGCUCUAUUUG